AUGGCUCUUUCAAUCACUCAAUUCAAUGAAUCACUACCAGAAUUCAAUGAGUUGCUCAAGGACAACUUAUGUGGCUACGUAAAAGGGCUGUGCCGUCGAACUCACCUGAACCCUGUGCUUGGCGAUGAGCUCCAUAUCUAUGGUACAAUUUACAUACAGGACACUCUCGUGGUGAACUUUACCAUCAGAUACGAUAAAUUUCACAAUGUUCCAGUAUUAUACUUUAAUGUGUUUGAAGGACUUCAAGACCCAAUUCCCAUACAAGACUUUGACAAGUUGAGCAGAAAAUAUGUAUCUGUAAUUUCCGAAGAUGCUGCUGGAGCUACCUCUCUUGAAAUGAACCCUGUCAACAAUUUGGUGAGCUUUUUCGUACACCCAUGCGAAACCAAUGCAACACUAUCAGAAUGGGAUGGAUUGGAUGCUGCUGAAAAGAAUAGCGGGAUACGAUACCUCAUAGUUUGGUUUAAUUUGUAUGGCCUAUCCCGAAUAUUCCCUGCGGCUAAGUUCAGACCAGUGAAAUAA